CUGGGAACCGCUGCGCGAGUUCACCAGGCGCUCAUGUCCAGGUGAUCUUCAUGUCCAGGUGAUCUUCAUCUCCAGGUGUAAGGCUGAAGUGUUGAUGUGAUGUCCGCUGGUAUGGGUCCACACUGAUGCUCUGUCUUGGUUCUUUGCUUGGCUCAGAUGUUCCUGGUCCAUUUACAGUGCUACAUGCUAUUGCAGGUCAUCGGGUGGUGUGCAGAGGGGUGGUGAAGGUGAGAUUCUGCCUCCGUUCUCCACAUUUCUGCAGGGGGCGCCGUGGAGCACAAACCCCCAAGCUGGCUGGAAGGAGGAAGGGUCUGGUCCUUUCAUCACUUCAGGGUGAGGGUGUGGUCGUCAUGGUAACCAUGCCUGUGUUGCCCCUGCCUUCUUUUGGAUCCUUUGUGUUUGUCCUCUUCCUGGUUCUAUCCCAGACUCCACCCCUUCCUGUGACCUCUGACACUGUACCCUCUCGCUCUGAACACUGCAACAGAAAAGUGCAUCCUGUCAUCCCCUACACAGCUCUGAGUCCUUGGCUGUCAUCAUUUUCCAUGCAUGGAGUGAAUGACUACUCCCAACUGACUCUGGACCUCAGCAGAAACCAGCUGAUAGUCGGAGCGAGGAAUUACCUCUUCAGACUCAGUCUUCGUGAUGUCUCUCUUCUGCAGGGUACCGAGUGGGGGGUAGAUGAAGAGACACGGAGGUCCUGUCAAAGCAAAGGAAAGACAGAGGAGGAGUGUCAGAAUUAUGUGCGUGUGCUUCUGCUGACUGGUGUACGUCUCUUCACCUGUGGCACAAACGCAUUCUCGCCCACCUGCACCACACGCCCCCUCUCUGACCUCGCCCAGGUGGUCCACACGGUUAAUGGGGUCGCCCGCUGCCCCUACGACCCGAGGCACAACUCCACUGCCAUGGUAACGGAGAGUGGCGAGUUCUACGCUGCUACCGUCAUCGACUUCUCUGGCCGAGACCCUGUGAUCUACCGCAGCAUGGGCAGUCGGCCUCCGCUGCGUACGGCCCAGUACAACUCCAGAUGGCUGAACGAGCCUCACUUCAUCUCUGCGUAUGAGGUGGGCCACUUCACCUACGUGUUCUUGCGUGAGACAGCUGUGGAGCAGGAUUGUGGGAAGGCCGUGUUCUCGCGUGUGGCUCGCGUGUGCCAGAAUGACGUGGGUGGGCGUUUCCUCCUGGAGGACACGUGGACCACAUUCAUGAAGGCGCGUCUGAACUGCUCCCGCACGGGCGACGCCCCCUUCUACUACCAUGAACUGCAGAGCACCUUCUACCUGCCCGAGCAGGACCUGAUCUACGGCGUCUUCACCACCAACGCGAACAGCAUUGCUGCAUCUGCCAUCUGUGCAUUCAACCUCAGCGCCAUUUCUCAGGCCUUCAGUGGCCCCUUCCGCUACCAGGAGACCCUGCGGACAACCUGGCUUUCCACCCCCAACCCCCUGCCCAACUUCCAGUGUGCUACGGUAGGUGACGGGGGUCCAGGGGGGAAUCUGACGGAGCGAAGCCUGCAGGAUGCCCAGCGGUUAGUGUUGAUGAGUGAGGCGGUGCAGCCUGUGUCCACAGACCCGCUUGUCAGCCAGGGCGGCGUACGCUUCUCCAGGCUGGCCGUGGACGUCGUGCAGGGACGUGACACGCUUCACCACGUCCUCUAUAUCGGCACAGAACAUGGCACAAUUAUAAAGGCACUCUCCAUAUCCAAUAAGAGUCUACGUGGGUGUUACCUUGAAGAGAUGAAUCUCCUUCCAGAAGAUCAGCGAGAGCCAGUCCUCAAUCUGCAGCUCCUGCAAAGUGACAGGUCCCUGUUUGUAGGGCUAAGGAGCAGAGUUCUGAAGGUCCCAUUGGAGAGAUGCUCCACGUAUGAAAGUCAAAGGAAAUGUCUGGGUGCGAGGGACCCCUAUUGUGGGUGGGACAGGAAGCAGAAACGCUGCACUACAAUUGAGGACAGUUCCAAUAUGAGCCAGUGGACCCAGAACAUCACGCAGUGCCCUGAACAAAACCUCACUCAAGAUGGCAACUUUGGCCCAUGGUCACCAUGGCAGUCUUGUAGCCAUGACGAUGGGGGGGAAAGUACGAGUGCCUGCCAGUGUCGCGCUCGUGUUUGUGAUAACCCCGCCCCUCGCUGUGGGGGGGCGGAGUGUGAGGGACCCCUGAUAGAGGUGGCCAACUGCUCCAGAAAUGGAGGUUGGACUCCCUGGUCUUCCUGGACUGCGUGUAGCACUAGCUGUGGCGUUGGCUUCGAGGUGCGCCAGCGUUCCUGUAAUAACCCCUCCCCUAAGCACGGGGGCCGCGUGUGUGUGGGCCAGAUGCGAGAAGAGAGGUUGUGUAAUGAGAACACUCCAUGUCCGCUGCCUGUGUCUUGGGUGUCCUGGAGCUCCUGGACUACGUGCACUGCUCUGUGUGGGGGUGGAGUCCAGUCCCGCCUCAGAUCCUGUGAGAAUGGCAACACCUGCCCAGGCUGCCGUCUGGAGUACAAAGUGUGCAAUUUGGAGGCUUGCUCAGAGGUGCGUCGGAACACACCUUGGUCGCCGUGGUACCCGGUGAAUUUGACAGUGGCCGGGGCCAGGCAGGAGCAGAGGGUGAGGUACACCUGUCGGGCACUGCUGCCUGACCCUCAAGACCUCCAGCUGGGCAGACGCAAGAUGGAGACCCGACUGUGCCCACCUACAGGGGGUGGGACAAGCUGUGAGACUGAUGGUAAACACAGCAGCCUGUUGGAGGACUUAGUGAGGAUGCGCCGACCUUUGACCCGCGGGGUAGGGGCCAAAUGGUUGCCAUGGGAACCAUGGUCUGCCUGUUCAACAGAGUGCUCUCGUGGGUUCCACACACGCAGGCGCUCGUGUGCCAUUUCCGAUGGGAAGAGCCUGCCCUUCGCAUGUAGUGGGACUUCCGUGGAAUACCAGGACUGCAACAAUGAGCCCUGCCCAGUAAAGGGGGCGUGGUCAUGCUGGUCUGCGUGGUCUGAGUGUUCUACUUCCUGUGGAGGAGGGCACUACCAGCGGUCACGCACAUGCUCUAACCCUGCCCCUGCCCAUUCAGGGGACAUCUGCACUGGCCUACACACUGAAGAGGCACUCUGCAAUACACACGAGUGUGAGGGUGGAUGGGGGGUGUGGUCGAAGUGGGCGGAGUGUGAGGAAGGCCGUCAGCACCGCACUCGUACCUGUGAGAUAAACCCUGCCCCUUGUGAAGGGAAUGCCACUGAUCAGAGAGUGUGCUCUCUUAGCGACAGUGCAGUGGGCAGACCAGGACAGAAGAAGGAUGUGCACUGUGGAGGGUUUUCCCUGGUCCACUUGGGUUUGUCAGGUGUGGGCUCUUUCCUGGCUGCAGUCGUCGGGUCUGUUCUGAUUUAUGUGGUUUGUCAGAGGGUCCGUAAACCCCGCCAAGACUUGUCAGUCAUCCACCCAAACACCCCCAACCACCUGCACCACAAAGACAACAGUGCUGCCCCAAAGACGGAUAACUACACCCCUAUGGAGUUUAAGGCCCUCAAUAAGAGCACCUUCCUCCCAGACGAGAGUUGUCACUUCUUCCCUCCUGCUUUGCAGCAGCCCAACGUGUACGCCACCACCUACUGCCCCUCUACCACCACCUACUGCCCCUCUACCACCACCUACUGCCCCUCUACCACCACCUACUGCCCCUCUACCACCACCUACUGCCCCUCUACCACCACCAACUACUGCCCCUCUACCACCACCAACUACUGCCCCAGUCCACUGGGGAAAUAUGACUUUCCAAUGCUGGACUCCGCCUGCAGGAGCUACAUGCACAGCUGAGCACACGCCUCACACACCCUGAAGA